AUGUGGGGACAACCUCCCGUUGUACCAGAAGGGAUUCUGGUGGGUGACGCCACCUUUUCGGUCCUAUACAGUGACGUCGGUCCGCAAUUCUACAAACUUUGUGGGCCUGUGCCUGGUCGUGAGGGUUGGGAGAAAGCGCGUGGUUACGGUUCAAAUUUUACGCUUGUCGCCGUUAAGCCCUCUUCUAUCUAUGCUUCAUUUAUGAACGCUCGUUAUACGCUGUCACAACCUUCUCCGUGUCUUCCUUGGGAGACGGAAGGAAGAUGGGGUGCUCGGUAUUGGAACAAUGACUUGUCGACACCGUCUUACAUCCUCUGGGUGCCCGAACACUACCCGAAUUCAACCCUGGUUAUCACUCGCAUGCGGAUAGAAAAUGCUCGUGCGUUGAGCGUUCUAGUUUCUGCCGCAAGGCAUUUUGCACGUCAGAAUGGGUUGAAGCGGGUUGAAGUUUGGAACACUAUCGAGUCAGGGUGGAUGGAUCAGGUAUCGGAGGCAUGGGGUGGUUAUAAAGUGAGAAGAGCGGAGUAUCUUUCUUCUUUUGCAUGGUAUGGUGCGGAAAAGAAGGACGACGUGAUAUGGGAUUUGAAUGAGAGGUUUGUAUGGUGUUAGGUUACGCAAAGGCCGCUCCGCCCCGAACUUAUGGUCCCGCUGAUUGGUAGGAGGAUCAUUACUUACACACUGUAGUAUUAUAUUGCAUAACGGACUUAUAUGCCUAUUAUGGAAAGCCGAUACUUCAACCUGCCGCGCCAACAUU